AAAGAAUAUAAUCAAAAUUCAAAAGACAAAAGUUAAAGUACAAAACUAAUACUCGUUUGCGACCUUCACUUUUUACUUUCCUACAGAAACUAAAUUACCGAAACUUCUCAGAAACAAAACACAAGACUUUCCCAACAGAAACCUGUUUCUUGUCAAACUAUAGUCAUCAAAAACCCAAAAUCUUAAACUUUCGGAACCUAAUUUGAAAAAAAAAAAACCCAAACAUGAACAAGAAACAUUCAACUCUUCUCAAGGUCCUCUUAGCUCUCUUUGCUCUAAAUUCCAUCUCUCUUUACCUUUACUUCUCAGCCGGCCAUCACAACAACCACCAGCAUCUGGCGCAGAACCAUCGUGACACGACGGUGGAGAGUUUUCCCGGAAUAGUCCCACACCGUGGACCCCAUUUGUCAAAGCCUUGGCCAAUCAUCCCAUCAUAUCUGCCUUGGUCUUUGACCCCAAACGUAGAUUUAAAGUCAUGUGAAGCUUAUUUUGGAAAUGGGUUUACAAGGGUGGCUGAUGUUUUAUCCGCAAAAGCCGCCGUGAGAUCCGGGUCGAGUUGGUUUAGGUGUCAUUACUCUGGGACUUUGAGGAGUUCAGUUUGUGAAGGUGGGAAAAUAAGGAUGGAUCCUGAGAAGAUUAAGAUGUCAAGAGGAGGUGAAAAGUUGGAGGAUGUUAUUGGGAGAAAUGAAGAAGAAGAGUUGCCUGAGUUUCAAGAUGGAGCUUUUGAGGUUGAAGGUGAAGGAGGAGCAAGGUUAAAGAAAACGAAGCUUGUUGGGGAGGAGUAUUUGGAUGAAUUUUUACCUGUUGGGGAUGUUUUAAGGCAUACUAUGAGGGAAUUGGUUAGGUCUAUUGUUGUUGUGGGUGAAAACGAUUUCACUUGUCAAGAGUGGGUAGAGGAGCCUACACUUCUGGUAACAAGAUAUGAGUACGCAAAUCUUUUCCACACUGUGACGGAUUGGUACAGUGCAUAUGUGUCUUCUAGGGUUACCGGCUUGCCUAAUCGGCCGCAUGUGGUCUUUGUGGAUGGUCAUUGUGAGACGCAAUUAGAAGAUACAUGGAAAGCAUUGUUUUCAAGCCUCAGAUUUGCUAAAAACUUUAGUGGUCCUGUCUGUUUCCGCCACGCUGUUUUAUCGCCUUUGGGAUAUGAGACUCCAUUAUUUAAAGGGCUUACCGAAGAUAUAAACUGUCAUGGAGCUUCUGCACAAGAUCUAUGGCAAAGCCCUGAUGACAAAAAAACAGCUCGAUUAUCUGAGUUUGGAGAAAUGAUCAGAAUUGCUUUUGGGUUUCCGGUAAACAGACAUCAUGCUGAGAAGGCAGCCUCAGGUCAUAAUGUUCUCUUUGUACGUCGAGAAGAUUACUUAGCUCAUCCACGCCAUAAAGGUAAAGUUGAAUCUAGACUUAGCAAUGAACAAGAAGUGUUUGAUUCACUACAGAGGUGGGCAUCUAAUCAUCUGCAAUGCAAAGUAAACCUCAUCAAUGGUUUGUUUGCUCACAUGACCAUGAAGGAACAGGUCCAAGCCAUUCAGGAUGCUUCAGUUAUCAUUGGUGCUCAUGGUGCUGGUCUCACACACAUAGUAUCUGCAACACCAAACACGGUGAUUCUCGAGCUUAUUAGCAGCUUUUUCAGACGGCCACACUUUCAAUUGAUUGCCCAGUGGAAAGGAUUGCAGUAUCAUGCCAUUAACCUUGACGGAUCACAUGCCAAACCUGGAGUUGUCAUUGAUAAGCUUAACAAGAUAAUGAGGAGUCUUGGAUGCUAAAAUAUUUUGGUUCUGACAGAAAUUCCAAGUAACCUCAUCUAAGCUUGGAACUAUAACUUCCUGUUGGAGCUGUCCUUGCAAGAUUUUGCUCUUUUUUCCUGGUUUUUAUCCGGCACUUACUGAAGAAACAUAGAAGAGAUUCUUUACAGGUUGUUCAUUCCUGUUAAGGGAUUGAAUUCAUAACUAACUCAAAGAAAGAUAUGCUAUAUGAACAAAUGAUAAAGGAGACGCCGAAAUCAAUCUGGUUGGUGAUGGAUAUCGGCAUUAUUCAAUCAUUCAAAGAUGGAAAAAUUUAAGUCUGAUAUAUUGUCAUCAUUAGAUUUUAGCUUACAGGUUAAAGUUCAAUUUUUUUCUUUGGAACAAUUCUUGGACACGUUAUUGUUUUCUUUCCUUGUAUUCUUUGAAUGUGACAUGGGUUUUUUUAGAUGAUUGUAUGUUGUAACUCUAUGAUAACAGUGUGUCUCAGGAUGAAUUGAGGAUGAACAUUUCUUAAAUGAAAAUGAUGCUAUAUGAGUGCUUUUUCCUUUCAGCUUUUUUUUUUUU